GCAAUUUCUAUUGUUGAAACUUGAAAUGUUUAUUUUCUGUUACCUCACCCUGACCUCGCCGGGGCUCUCCAACACGCACGCACGUAUGCGCGCACGUCCUCCGGACUCCCAGCGUGACGUAUGCCCUGGCGCCCGGUUAGCUAGCUUCUAAGCUAGUUAGCUAGUUGUUGUAGUUGACAGCGUACACAGGAGUCGGUUAACGUUAGCUAACUGGCUAGUAACUAACGUUUUCUGCCCUGGUGACUGUCGGCAUCGGCCAUGGACGACGAAAGCCACCCCAAAACCCUGUAUGUGGGAAACCUCUCCAGGGAUGUGACAGAAAUUUUGAUUCUGCAACUCUUCACCCAGAUAGGACCUUGCAAAAGUUGUAAAAUGAUCACAGAGCACACAAGCAAUGACCCCUAUUGCUUUGUGGAGUUCUUUGAACACAGGGAUGCUGCUGCAGCCCUUGCAGCCAUGAACGGGAGGAAGAUAUUAGGAAAGGAGGUCAAAGUAAAUUGGGCCACCACUCCAAGUAGCCAGAAGAAAGACACUUCCAAUCACUUCCAUGUUUUUGUGGGUGAUUUGAGCCCUGAGAUUACCACUGAGGAUGUCAAGGCUGCAUUUGCACCUUUUGGGAAAAUCUCGGAUGCCCGUGUUGUGAAGGACAUGGCGACAGGAAAAUCAAAGGGGUAUGGAUUUGUGUCCUUCUACAACAAACUGGAUGCAGAGAACGCCAUCAUUAACAUGGGUGGACAGUGGCUUGGAGGACGCCAAAUCAGGACAAACUGGGCAACACGUAAACCACCUGCUCCGAAGAGCGCCCAGGACAACGGCUCAAAGCAGCUGAGGUUUGACGACGUAGUGACUCAGUCCAGUCCACAGAACUGCACCGUGUACUGUGGAGGGAUCCAGUCAGGAUUAUCAGAACACCUCAUGCGACAGACCUUCUCACCUUUUGGUCAGAUAAUGGAGAUCAGGGUUUUCCCAGAGAAAGGAUACUCUUUCAUCAGGUUUUCCUCCCAUGACAGUGCCGCCCACGCCAUUGUUUCAGUAAAUGGCACAGCCAUUGAAGGGCACAUGGUGAAGUGCUUCUGGGGCAAAGAAUCUCCUGACAUGGCAAAAAAUCCACAACAGGUUGAGUACAGUCAGUGGGGACAGUGGAACCAGCUCUAUGGAAGUCCACAGCAGCAGUAUGGGCAGUAUGUGACCAAUGGGUGGCAAGUUCCCUCCUACAGCAUGUACGGCCAGACGUGGAACCAGCAGGGAUUCGGUGUAGAGCAGUCCCAGUCCCCGGCCUGGAUGGGAAACUUUGGAUCUCCGUCAGCCCAGGCCGCCGCAGCCCCACCUGGUCCAGUCAUGUCCAACCUGGCCAACUUCAGCAUGGCUGGCUACCAAACGCAGUGAGCUGGCCCAAACCUUAGUGUAACACCGAGGGGAUUUUGUCAACCCUUUUAGACCACACAGCACUCUUACUUUCAUCUGGACAGCUGCUCUGGUAAAGAAGGGCGGGGGCCAUAUUCACAAAGCCUUUGUAGCUAAUAGUUGCUCCUAAGCCAGUUUAACAAGUAUGUUUUAAAUGACUACGUUCAUGUCACUUAGAACUUUUUAAAAGUUUCUUUGAUAAUAAUUAAUAGCUCUGUUAUGGAAAAGUGCUCUUGGGCUUCUGAAGUAAAGCCACACCAACUGUCUUUGUCUUUCCAGUAGAUGUUAAAAACAUAUACCAACCUUUUGAAUGUUUGGCGCUUUGAAAAUCAUAUUUAGGUGAUCAGAGAACAGGUGUCUAACAGACACAGACUCUUUGAUGCCUUUCCUCUCAUCACCCAACAAUGGGGCUAAACUUUUACCCUCUUAGAUUUAAAAUAGGAGCAAAACUUUAUCUGAAAAUCUUUAAAAAAAAAAACAAAAAAACUUAUUUGUGGAGCUAAAGCACACUCACUACAAGCCAUCAUGUUACUCCAGCUGCUCACUGGAAUAUGACGAGGAUUUAAAUCCUUUGAAACCUCAAACUUUGUAACAUUAAUCUUGAAGUAUCAAACUAUAGCAAUAUUUCCUCUCAGUUUGCCAAUAUGGUUUUGUAAUAUUUUAAUAGCCUAGUGGAAAAAUGGUUUGUUACAGUCAAAAAUGUUUAUUUACUUGUCAUACUUGGGGCAUUUUUCUGUCAUUUUAUACAACAGAAGGACAAAAAAAUUCACUCUUCAAGUCUUCAUGCAUUGAUAAGUUAAUUUUUGUAAUAUGUGUCCGUUUUUAAAAUGGUAUACAGCGAUGACCGUGUUGUACAGAUCAAGCAGGUAUCAUCAGUCAUCAUGAACAUGUGUGACAAAGCCACAGGGAUGAACCAACGUACCUAAUGUUGGUCCGGGCUUCGCUUCAGCUCCUAUAGUAUCUAGAAAUCCAGUCCUGUUUUGAUAUAUUAAUGAAAAAUGCUUUGUGAAUAGAGGCCCUGGGACCGUAGAUUACCUCUCCAGUAUAUGUGAAGAGACUAUUUGUACAAAAACAACCGUGGCUUUAAAGGAGAUUUCAGUGUGAGGUGGCAUCUCUUGGGUAAAUUUUGUGUACAAAGAAAAAAAUUUCACCCACAAACACAGCUCUCAAAGAAAAAAAAGAGUUUUUCAUGUUUUGUAUCGGAGUGAUCAGCAUGUUCUUUGACUUUUGAUGGAUUUUAGUUUACACCUUAAUGUAGCCUAGACUGGACUAAUUUAUAAUCCUGUGUCUCAAAGGAAAGGCUAUAGCACAUGCUCUCUGUAUAAAGAAAAUAUUGUAAAAACAAAACAGCUUAACCCCCAAACUUUGUAAAGGUAACUGACGCUGUGUGCUGAUUCUGGGGCUGGUUUCCUAGAGGAAUAUUGAAUCUUUAAAUAUUUUCUCCCUUCUUCCUAAUGGCUGUGAGAGUUUGCAAGGAACUUUAGACUUUAUUUAGCACCAAAACCAGCCCCUAACUAUGUUGCAUCAUGUUUUUAUGUCAUUAAAAAUGUUGUUUUUGUUAAUCAUGCACUUGUGUCAAGACAAACUGUCCGAUGUUUCAGGCUUGCUAUGAAUUGGGAUUGUUUUAUUUUAUGUUCUUUCCGCUGAAAGUGGAAGGUUUCUUAAGUUCGCUGGUCAGCCACAACAUUAAAAUCACUGACAGGUGAAGUGAAUAACGUUAAAUACAAAGUUCACUGUCAUAGACCAAGCACACCCCCCUAAUGGCAAGGGCCUCCACCAUCACAGCAUAAAAACUGCUCAGAAAUGUCUUUGAGAAACACAUCAAGGAGGAGUGUUGACCUGGCCUCUGAAGUCCCCAGGUCCCAAUCUGACCCAGCAUCUGUCAGACCUGCCUGAUAUUAUAUAGAUCCCCCUUGUGCUGCCACAACAGGACAAACUGAUUAGCAAAUUAUUUUCACAACUCCUGACUCUGACCCAGUGGUUAAUCGUGUGGGAUUUUGAUUCCAAACAUCCCCCAUAACGUCCUGGGGGAAGCUUCAAUUAAAAAAAUUGUAUCGCAAAUCAAAUCGCAAUGUGUGUCAGAAAAAUCGCAAUUAGAUAUAUUCUCUAAAUCAGCCAUGGAUCCUUUGGGUCUUGUGGAUCAGAUCGGGAUCUGGGAAGUUGCAGGAUGGUCUCCAAGGUUUCCCAGAAGAACUUUGUACUGUAACAAGAUGAUCAGUGUUACUCCCGUCAUCUGUCAGUGGUUUUGAUGUUGUGCCUGAUCGGUGUAAAUCAUUGAGUCGUUAGGGUGAGUAUUUGCAGACUUUUUUUUUUGGUUGACAAAUUGUGACUAGGGGAUUUCUCAAAGACAUCCUGCAAUUUGGAUUUUAUUUGCAUAUGUGCCAUUCUGUACAGUGUCCUACACUCCUUUUCCUGUUGUACUAGCCAACAUAUUUGAUUAUGUUUUAGUUCGUUUUAUUAGAGCUGGAGGAGUGGAAAGUGUCCAACCAAACAGGGUCAUGUUGGCUGAGAGUGUAAAUAUAAACCUUGAUCAAACCCUCAUGAAACUUCGGAGAUAAUGUACAUACUGUAGGUAGAAUGUUAUGAACGAAAAUGCCAUCAUUAAAUCAGCAAUAUAAUUUAUGCAUAAGCCUUAAUUGAUUGUGGUUUGGAAAUUCAAACAUUGUGUUAUUUACAGAGGCUCCGUUACAGAUUAUCUAAAUUCUCUUCCACUGCAGAUUUUUUUUUUUAAAGUUUGUGUGCCAUUUUUCAGGACGUAGCAGGAGGCGAGUGAAGUUUCAGCUUGAACUGCACGCUUAUGACAUGUAAUAUAUUUCUUGCUUAAAAUAAUGAAUGUAAUGGCAAAUUUUGCUUUUAUGACAACAAUACAUGUAAGUUGAACAACAGAAAGUGAUGUUUAAUAAUAAAGGAUGAAGUCAGUUUUUUCCAUUUAACGGAAAAAUCUCUCCCAAGAAGUCACUUAAAAUAAAGAAACGUUUGAACCUGG